UUCAGUUCAAGGGAUUGUACUCCCUGAAUUCUAUCAAUAUAGAUCAUUGUAGAUUUUCUCUGAUCUCAAGCAGAUGCGUAUUCUGAUUCUGUCAUUAAGUUAUGUCGUUAGAUCAGACAGUAUGCGAAGAUCUGAAAGCUUUCGAAAGACGACUCACUGAAGUUAUCGCCAGCCUGCAACCAGCUACUACGCGAUGGAGAAUGUUGUUGGGUUUAAUGUCUAUUUGCACUGCCAUUGGUGCUUGGCAUUGGUUGACAGAUCCCAAUACGUCAGCAGUGUCCUUUACGCAGAGUUUAUACAAUCAUCCAUUCUUCACAAUGGCUAGUAUAAUAUUAGUGAUAUUGUUUAUGAUGGGAGUGCAUAGACGAGUAAUAGCACCCAGUAUUAUAACUCAGCGGGCCAGAAGUGUGCUUGGUGAUUUCAACAUGAGUUGUGACGACACUGGAAAAUUGAUCCUGAAGCCUACGAGACCUCCUCAUCCCCAUGAGACUUAGAGUGUUUGCAGCAAUAAUAAUUAUGAAUGUCAAGUGUUCUUUUUUGUGUGCUACAAGAUUGUUCAAAAUUCUGACGAGCUGAGAAUUUAUAGCUGUAUAUUUAAGCCUUAUGAGUUCUAGUUA